AUGGGGUUGGCUAUACCAAGUGAGUUUCAUCCUCCUCACAUCAUUCCUUGCCUCUUAGGCCCUAGGAUAAUCAUGUUUAAUACAUGGUUACUAGCAAUGCAGAUGGUUCUGAUUGGACCCUGGAAUCCAGUGGGGGCCCAGGAGUCUUCUGCCAUAUUCUGGGAAGUACAGCGCUAUGAUGGCUGGUUCAACAAUCUGAGACACCAUGAAUUGGGCUCAGCAGGCUCCAGGCUCCAGCGUUUGGUCCCUGCUACAUACUCAGAUGGCGUUUAUCAACCUUUGGGAGAACCACACCUACCCAACCCCCGAAGCAUCAGUAAUAUUGCCAUGCAGGGUCCCUCUGGGAAUUCCUCUUUACAAAACCGCACUGUGCUUGGGGUCUUUUUUGGCUACCAUGUCCUUUCUGAGGUGGUGAGUGUGGAACGGCCAGGCUGUCCUGCUGAGUUUAUGAACAUCCAAAUACCUAAAGGAGACAAAGUGUUUGAUCCAGACUACACAGGGAAUAUAGUGCUGCCUUUCCAGAGGAGUGAGUGGGACCCACACACAGGACAGAGUCCUAACAAUCCCCGAGACCAGAUCAACCAAGUCACUAGCUGGCUGGAUGGCAGUGCCAUCUAUGGCUCCUCUCACUCCUGGAGUGAUGCACUAAGGAGCUUCUCUGGUGGGAAGUUGGAAUCAGGACCAGAUCCUGCUUUCCCCAAGGAUACUCAAGGACCCUUCCUCAUGUGGAUAGCACCAGACCCUUCCACUGGGCAGCAGGGGCCCCAAGGGCUGUAUGCCUUUGGAGCCGAAAGGGGAAACCAAAAUCCAUUUCUGCAGGCAUUGGGCCUCCUCUGGUUCCGAUACCAUAAUCUGUGGGCUCACAGGCUGGCCCAGAAGCACCCGAAAUGGGGAGAUGAAGAGCUGUUCCAGCAUGCCCGAAAGAGAGUCAUUGCCACCUACCAGAGCAUUGUCCUCUAUGAAUGGCUGCCCAGUUUCCUGAAGAGAACCCCACCACCAUAUGAAGGGUACAAGUCAUUUUUGGAUCCCAGCAUCUCACCUGAGUUCCUAGCAGCCUCCAAACAAUUCUUCUCCACUAUGGUGCCCCCUGGUGUCUAUAUGAGAAAUGCCAGCUGUCAUUUUCAAAACAUCACUAACAAGGGACAAGGUACUUCCUCAGCAAUUAGAGUCUGCAACAGCUACUGGAAUCGAGAGAACCCAAAUCUUCGCAGUGCAGAGGCAGUGAACGAAUUGCUCCUGGGAAUGGCCUCACAGAUUUCAGAGCGAGAAGACAGGAUUGUGGUGCAGGAUCUGAGAGAUUACUGGCCUGGCUCUGGCAAGUUCUCACGAACAGACUAUGUGGCCAGCAGCAUUCAGAGGGGCCGGGACCUGGGACUGCCCACCUACAAUCAGGCUCUUGAAGCUAUGGGUUUGAAGCCACUAGAGAAUUGGAAUACCCUCAACCCUCACCUGGAACCCGAUGUCCUGGAGGCUAUAGCCACCUUGUACAACCAUAGCCUGUCUCAUCUGGAGCUGCUCCCAGGGGGCCUCUUGGAGAGCUACGGGAACCCUUCAUCUCUGUUUUGCAACAUUGUCUUUGACCAGUUUAUUCGAUUACGAGAUGGGGACCGUUACUGGUUUGAGAACACAAGAAAUGGAUUGUUCACAAAUGACGAGAUCAAGGAGAUUCGAAGUACAACCCUCCAUGAUGUCUUGGUAGAUGUUACUAAUGUCAGUUCUGAUAACCUGCAGCUUAAUGUCUUUUUCUGGCAUGAAGGAAACCCCUGCCCACAACCCCAGCAACUUGAAGAAAGUAUCUUGCCCCCUUGCGUGAACAUGACAGUGAUCGACUACUUCAAAGACAGUGGUCCUGGCUUUGGGGUUGUUAUUGUAGCCCUCUUCCUUCUCCCUUUAGUGAGUCUGUUCAUUGCCUGGGUGGUAGCAUGCUUCCGAGGUAGAGAGUUCAAGAAGCUACAGAAAAAAGAAAAACAGAGUAUAAAGAAGGAAAUGCCCAUGGAGGGGGUAGCAGCAAUGGAAUGGCCAGGUCCAGGCAAGAGGAGCUGUCCCAUCUACCUACAGCUGUUACCAGAGAGAUCCCUUCGAGUGCUAGAUGAACAAUUAUCUAUUAUCAGGACCAUCCAGCUCCAGCCUUUACAGCAUUUGAACCUGAUCCAGUCAAACAACUGUGGCCGCCGGGCACUGCUACUCAAGAUCCCCAAGGAAUAUGACAUAGUAUUGAUGUUCAACUCUGAGGAGGAGCGGGGUAUCUUUAUCCAGCACCUUCGGGGUUACUGUGCCCACUGGGACCUGGAUUUUGGACUGUCAGAGAUCGGAGAAAAAGAACUGCUCAAAAAAGCUGUGACCAAGCAGCAGAGGGGGCAUAUCCUAGAGACCUUUUUUAGGCACCUUUUUGCACAGGUGCUGGACAUUGACCAGGCAGAAACAGGGAGCUGGCCUCCAGAUUCAGACUUACCUCAGAAGGUUCGAGAGGCCCUGGCCUGUGAGCUAAGCAGGGCAGAAUUUGCAGAGUCCCUUGGCCUUAAGCCUCAGGCCAUGUUUGUAGAGGCCAUGUUCUCCCUAGCUGACAAAGACAACAAUGGAUACUUAUCCUUCCGAGAAUUCCUAGAUAUCCUGGUCAUCUUCAUGAAAGGCUCCCCAGAAGAUAAAUCCAAGCUCAUGUUCACCAUGUAUGAUCUAGAUAAGAAUGGCUUUCUCUCCAAGGAGGAGUUCUCCACUAUGAUGCGGUCCUUCAUCGAGAUCUCCAACAACUGCCUGUCCAAGGCUCAACUGGCCGAGGUGGUGGAGUCUAUGUUCCGAGAGUCUGGCUUCCAAGACAAGGAGGAGCUGACCUGGGAGGAUUUCCACUUCAUGCUGAGGGACCACGACAGCGAGCUCCGGCUCACCCAGCUUUGUGUCAAAGGUGUUCCAGAUAUCUUUAAGCAGAAUAUCAACCAUCGAGUCUCCUUCAUUGACAAAAACCGGACAGGAGGCAUGAAUUCCAAUGGCGUUGAGAUUCUACCCUCAGAGAUCCCAGAGCCUGGCAGCACUGGGAUGAGGAAAAGGUUUGGCAAGAAGACACACACUCUUGCUCCACGACUAUACACAGAGGCCCAGAGGGAAAAACUUCAUGGAGGCCAAUUCUUUCAGAAACUCCAGCAGUUUAAGCGUUUUGUGGAGAACUAUCGGCGACAUAUUGGCUGUGUGGCUAUCUUCUCUGCCAUCUGUCUUGGGCUGUUCGCAGAGCGGGCUUAUUAUUACGCCUUUGCUUUACCAAGCUCGGGCAUCUCUCAGACUACACUUGUGGGUCUCAUUCUGUCCCGAGGAACGGCAUCUAGCAUCUCCUUCAUGUUCUCCUACAUCCUGCUCACCAUGUGCCGCAACCUCAUCACCUUCCUACGAGAGACCUUCCUGAACCGCUACGUGCCCUUUGAUGCUGCAGUGGAUUUCCACCGUUGGAUUGCCAUGGCAGCUCUCAUUUUAGCUAUUCUGCACAGUGCUGGCCAUGUGGUAAAUGUCUACAUCUUCUCAGUCAGUCCACUCAGCGUGCUCUCCUGCAUCUUCCCAAAUGUCUUUGUGAAUGAUGGGUCCCAGCUGCCCCAGAAGUUCUAUUGGUGGUUCUUUGAGACUGUUCCAGGCAUGACAGGAGUGCUCCUACUAGUGGUUCUGGCCAUCAUGUAUGUCUUUGCCUCCCAUCACUUCCGCCGACGCAGUUUCCGGGGCUUCUGGCUGACCCACCAUCUCUACAUCCUAUUUUACAUCCUGAUCAUCAUCCAUGGUAGUUUUGCCCUGAUCCAGUUGCCCCGUUUCCACAUUUACUUCCUGAUUCCAGCUAUUAUCUAUGGUGGGGACAAGCUGGUGAGCUUGAGCCGGAAGAAAGUAGAGAUCAGCGUGGUGAAGGCUGAGCUGCUGCCUUCAGGUGUUACCCACCUGCAGUUCCAACGGCCCCAGGGCUUUGAGUACAAGUCAGGGCAAUGGGUCCGUAUUGCCUGCUUGUCCCUGGAUACCACAGAAUACCAUCCCUUCACACUCACCUCUGCACCCCAUGAGGAUACACUCAGUCUGCACAUCAGAGCUGUGGGGCCCUGGACCAUACGACUUAGAGAAAUCUACUCACUUCCACCAGGAAACAGCUGUCCAUUAUAUCCUAAGCUGUACCUGGAUGGCCCAUUUGGGGAAGGCCACCAAGAGUGGCACAAAUUUGAGGUAUCUGUGCUUGUGGGUGGGGGCAUUGGGGUCACCCCAUUUGCCUCCAUCCUCAAAGAUCUGGCCUUCAAGUCAUCAGUCAAUAGCCAACUGCUCUGCAAGAAGAUCUACUUCAUCUGGGUGACAAGGACACAAAGACAGUUUGAGUGGCUGGCAGACAUCAUCCGGGAGGUGGAGGAGAAUGACCCUCAGGAACUGGUUUCUGUGCACAUCUACAUCACCCAAUUGGCUGAGAAGUUUGACCUUAGGACCACCAUGUUGUACAUCUGUGAGCGGCACUUCCAGAAGGUGCUAAACCGGAGCCUCUUCACUGGCCUGCGCUCCAUCACCCACUUUGGUCGCCCUCCUUUUGGCCCAUUCUUCAACUCACUGCAGGAAGUCCAUCCAGAGGUGCGGAAGAUUGGGGUGUUUAGCUGUGGUCCUCCUGGCAUGACCAAGAAUGUGGAAAAAGCCUGUCAACUUAUCAACCAACAGGACCAGGCUCACUUUAUACACCAUUAUGAGAACUUCUGAGCAGCUCCAUUUGGGUCCUGGAGAUCGUACAAAACUUCAUAAAGAUCAUCUUCAUGACAUUUUUGUGUUCCAGCCUCCACUGAAAACCUGAAGCUUUAUCUCCAGCUCUCACUUGGAGCCAUCUGAGCAUCUGAUCAGUGAACAUUCAACAUAACUAGCCUGUCCCAGACCCUUUUUGCUGCUUGGCUAUCUUCAUGUCAAUAAUGCACAUCCAUGUCACCCUCUUCUUAGCCUUUCCCCAUUAUUGUCCUCGCUUUCCCUGUGGGCAAGAUAAAAUCAGCAUUACUGCCAAUGGAAAAAAGAGGUCAAUUAGUUGCCCUAUGGUUCCAUUCAUCAUUCUGGUGACUUCCUAACCCAGACACCUUUCCCUGUUUACUACUCUCCUAUAUGUGUUAUUUUCUCUCAUUAGAAUGUAAGCUUCUUGAGGGCAGGGACUGCUUUGGUUUUCAUAUUUAUAAUAGUAAUUGGCACACAAGAUCUCAAUAAGUAUUUUUUUACAUUCAUUUAAAGAAGUAACAUUUGAUUUGAUCCUUAACAGAUGGAUAAGGUCUGCCCAUGCUACUGCUGCUCCCAGGCUAUCUUUCCAAAGUAGUUAUUUUCUAGUGUAAUUAAAAUAGCAAUAGACUAGAAAUUAGGAGGAUUGUUCCAAGGCAAUCCCAAUAAAAUUUGGAUACAAAACGCCACCUGCAUCCAGAAAAAGAAUUAUGGAGAUUGAAUAUAAAUCAACACAUGCUAUACUCACUUUUUUUUUUCUGUUUUUUCUCUCUCCUGUGGUUUUCCCUUUUGUUCUGAUUUUUCUCUCCCAACAUGAUUCAUAAAGAAACGUGUAUUAAAAACUUAAUAUACAUGUAUAACCAGAAAAAUGAAACAAUAAAGAAAAUUUUUUUAAAAGAGAAAUUAGGAGAACUGGGCUCCUCUCCUAACUCUGCCAUAUGUGAAUAGCUGGAAGAGACUAUGUGGCCUUAGGUGAAUCACAUAACUUUAUUGAACUUAUUUCUUCAUUUGUACCAUGAUAGCAACAAUACCUAGACAAUCUCCCUCAAACCAUCAUGGGUGUAAUAGGAUUUAAUGUGAAAUAUUAUGUGAAAACAUUCUAAGCAGUUCAAAAUGCUGCAAAAUAUUUUAUUACAAAAUAUGUCAAGUAUUGCAAUUUCCUUUCCAUGCACAUGCAUCCACCUAACUCUAAUGCCCAUUACACUACACUAUUAGAACAAUCUCCUAUCUGGUCUCUGUUUUCAGUUUCCUCCACUCCUUCUAAUUUAAUUUAGGCACAAAUCUCAGCUGAAACUCCCUAAAGCACUCUUUACUCAUGGUAUUGUUUUCUAAAAGUCUUCCAUGUCUCUUUGUUGCUUAUUAAAUUAAAGGCAUUGACAUUCUCCUAUUGAUAAAAGGUCAAAGGAUAUGAACAGACAAUUUUCAGAUGAUGAAAUUGAAACUAUUUCUGAUCAUAUGAAAGGGUGUUCCAAAUCACUAUUGUUCAGAGAAAUGCAAAUUAAGACAACUCUGAGAUACCACUACAUGCCUUUCAGAUUGGUUAAGAUAACAGCAAAAGACAAUGACGAAUGUUGGAGGGGAUAUGGGAAAACUAGGACACUGAUACAUUGUUGGUGGAACUGUGAAUAGAUCCAACCAUUCUGGAGAGAGAUUUGGAACUAUGCUCAAAAAGUUAUCAAACUGUGCAUACCCUUUGAUCCAGCAGUGUUACUACUGAGCUUAUAUCCCAAAGAGAUUUUAAAGGAGGGAAAGGGACCCACAUGUGCAAAAAUAUUUGUGGCAACCCUUUUUGUAGUGGCUAGGAAACUGAGUGGAUGUCCAUCAAUUGGAGAAUGGCUAAGUAAAUUAUGUAUAUGGAUGUUAAGGAAUGUUAUUGUUCUGUAAGAAAUGACCAACAAGAUGAUUUUAGAGAGGCUUGGAGAGACCUACAUGAACUGAUGCUAAGUGAAAUGAGCAGAAUUGGGAGAUCAUUAUACAUAGCAACAUCAAUAUUAUGUCAAGUGAUGGAUGUGGCUCUCUUCAACAAUGAGUUGAUUCAAACCAGUUCCAAUUGUCCAGUAAUGAAGAGAACCAUCUGGGUGUAGACGGUUCUUACACACAGAGAGAUGACUAUGGGAACUGAGUGUGGACCACAACAUAGCAUUUUCACUUUUUCUACUAUUGUUUGCUUGCAUUUUUGUUUUCCUUUUCAGGUUUUUUUUCUUUCUAGAAUAUAUUUUUCUUGUGCAGCAAGAUAAUUGUAUAAAUAUGUAUACAUAUUUAACAUAUAAUUUAACAUAUUUAACAUGUAUUGGACUACCUGCCAUCUAGGGAAAGGGGUGGGAGGAAGGAAGGGAAAAUUUGGAACAGAAGGGUUAAUGUUGAAAAAAUUACUCAUGCAUAUGCUUUGUAAAUAAAAAGAUAUAAUAAUUAAAAAUAAAAUAAAUUAAAGGCA